UCGAAUUUAACGACAUUCCAGUCAGUAAGUACAACCAUAAUGGCACAACAGCAACAAAUACAGCAUCAGAUACAACAAACUCGAACCGGUGAGUGCAAUAUACUACCUAGAUUAAUCGAUCAUCUGCAUUCGACAUUGGAACUCUGGUGCUCAAAUGACAACAGCGACGAGCAAUUACUGUUUGAAGACUCUAGCGCCAACUCUAAAGAAAACUUCAGAUUAUGGAUUAACCAAUUUGACAGUACUUCAAUAAAAAUCGAACAAAAAUCAAACAUUAAUAUCAAUUUCGUCGAGAAUAUUUUACUGGCUGAUAUCCAUAGAGGGCUUCAUACUCUUCAGGAUUUGCUUAAACGAGUUGAUAUUUGUACAUUGACGAAAUACAAUGCUACUUUAAACCCUCAAAGUAAAUUGUAUUUAAUACGUCUCAUUUCGAAUCUGUUAAGAAAACUCAAGAUACCAGAGAAUGCGAAUUUGAAACUAAGUGAAUCAGAAAAAAAUAAAUCAAACGGUAAGACAAUGGUUGUCUGAGAAACCUAUGAAUUUAAAGAAAUCGUCGGUUAAAAUGGAAUUUGAAAAAAAAAAAAAAAUAGCGGA